UGUUUCCACUUCCGGACACAAUCACGCGUCUCAUUCUCACGGACACGUGCACGCGCCUCUCCACGCGCACCUGAGCGCGGCGGCGGAGCAGAGAAGUCAGAACCCGCCGGACCAGUCCGACCCACGGAACCCGUGUGGCAGGUGAGGCCCAGCUCUCAGAGGCAGUGGAGACGGAACCUUCCGGGCCUGAGUUGACAGGAGGCGAUGUCGGAGUAGACGCGGAUGGCUGUCGACGCCGCGUCCAGUUUCAGCUUCUGCCGCCCCGCAGUGGCGUACCGCGCGCUACCUGACGACAUCCGGCAGCAGCUGGUGGGGCGGAGCCACGGGAGCCUGACGUGGCACGACGGGCGGCGAAGGCCCGUGAAGCUGCUGCAACAGCCGGGGUCCGAGGCAGGAGCGCAGCAUCGUCAUGGAGACGGCUCCGGCCUGUACCACACCAGCCCGCCGGCCUUCGUCACCCGGCCGGUCCUCAUGUGGACGCAGCAGGACGUGUGCCGCUGGCUGAAGAAGCACUGUCCUCACAACUACCUGACCUACUUGGAGGUGUUCUCCCAGCACGCCAUCACCGGUCGCGCUCUGUUGCGUCUGAACGAUGAGAAGCUGGUCCGGAUGGGUCUGGUCCAGGACAGACAGAGGCAGGACCUUCUCCACCAGCUGCUCCACCUGCAGGUCCAGGAGGAGGAGAGGAACCUGCGCCUCAAGGCCCUGGAGGGGGAGCGGAACCUCCUGCUCAAAGCUCCGUCCAACUCUACCGCCCGCAAGGUCUGGUGAGCGACCCCGGACUGUGGGGAUCCUGCUGGGACUGUGCUUGACAAUCUCAACUUCUCAGCUACUUCACUGUUUGGUGCAUUUUAUACGACGCUGCUCAACUGUUUACAGCCUGACCCUCGGUCAUCGGGCAGGAGGUUGUCGGUUCGACACCCACUGGACGGUUUGACGGAGCCUGUCAGUCAGUGCAGCUCUGUGAGUGACUCCGCCCACUACUAUGCAAGUUACAGGAACAAGAACAUGAGUGAGAUCAUCUUAUCUGAAGACUCCUUUGUUUAUUAGCUGCAGACACGUGACUUGUGCUUGGAUUCACGUUUUUUAAAUGAUGUGAUUUUAUGACACAUGUUUUCCAAUGACAUGAUGAAUUCCAGAAUUAAAGUCGCUUAGUUAACAGCAUCUUCUUCACGGCGCCUUGAAAAUCCAUAAACAGCAAAUAUUUUGUAUCGUCUCGAUUACAGUGUUCCCAACGGCGCCCUCUUCUGGUGAGACGAACAUUCAACGACUCUAAUUUAUUUCUUGUUUUUUUUUUUUUAACGGGGAUGUUUAUCGUGUUUGUUUUGAAUGUAAAUGUUUAACUGUGACGUAUUACGAAAAAUAAUUUGCCAAUAAAUGAUUUAUAAGGGCGUCUGUCUUGUGACGUCAACGGAUAUGACGU